AGGAAUCCGUACUGAGUCUAUGUACCACUCUCGUCCUCUAGGUUUCCUGGUAGAGGCCUCGCCUCGUUAUUUUGAUCCCGUAAUAUUAAAGAAGAGCGUGUAAGAAUAUUUGCAUUUGGUAUUUUUCCCGAUUAUUUUGUUCUGCUAAGUGCUACUAUCCGCACUUCGCCGCUAUCCCCCCGGAACAAGCAAGUUUAAGUGACCGAAGAGAAAUCGAGAACUUGGAAUGCAGUGCCAACAAUGAACUACGCAGAAGAAGGAGUGCAACAUCAAGAGCAGCCGCCUGAGCAGGAGACGCGACGGUGGGUGGCGAACAUCAGAACUACCUGCCCGGCGGAGGGUGACAACGCGCAUCCAACAGCUGUUGACCAUAAGCACGUGCGGAAAAGUGACACUACCAAAGUUGUGAAGCUUCUUUUUGGAGGACCGCACCCGGAUGUAGUUGCACCCUCUCCUGCUUCGCGAACUAUGAAUUCUGAUUCUCAACGUCCCUCUGCUGGACGAGAUCAAAAUCAGACGAUGCCCGCCCCGGCGACCCGACCACGACACAAAAACGGCUCCAACAGCAGCACCUGCAGCGCGAGUAGCUUCAAAAGUGCGGCGACCGGUGGUCCCCAGGGGCCGCUUGGUUCUUCUUGGUCCUCAAGGGAGAGGCCGGGCGGACAACACGGAUUUGCAACGACGAGCUCCAACUCCGAUCAUGCAGCUGUCAACGUGCUGGGAGCAGGAGUCGCACGGCAGUCCUCCACGAGCGGCAAAACAAGCCUCGCGGGUGGAGUAUCGGCAAGUCCAGCACCAGCUCGGCGUCUGAUCCGCGACACCUACCCACUAAAGGAGCAGGAGGAGUUAUGGUGAGCAAAAACGUCCCCACCCCAGAGUCAAGAUGGGAAAUCUGCUACACAAAUCCCCUGGCUUCGGCUGCUGCGCAUGACAAAUUUGGGCUCGCAAUGUAGUCGCGUUUAGCUCCUAGUGCAGCAGCGUCACAGUUCUAGCAUACCAUGCGGAUUUGAGCAUUACAAACCUCAAAGUACCAAUAGAGACUGCUUCGCAUGGGUCUCCGCAUGAGAAACAUUUUCAGCAUGCAGAUUUGCAUUGCAAUUCUGGAGUGGGGUCGUUUUUACAAAUGAUAGGAGUUUGAUUGUAAAUACAAGAUUACCGACACGGAGGACGAAGAGGACGAGGAGACCGUUCUCCUCGCCUCCAAUAUGGAAGUGUCAGAAUCGAAAUCGACAAAGUUGAAAUAACUUGUAAUGCAUAAAAUGGAUGAAAGUUGUGGCCCAGUUUGUAACUGGCGCAUGACAAAUUUGGGUAGAACCGAAACCAAGUUUGUCAUGCUGUUUGGGUAAGGAAGACGCCUUUUGUCAUGCUACUUUAGCAGCUCAGUUUCUACCCCUCAACAGGCUUACUAUCUGCCUCACUUGCCUACGCUGCAAGACAGGCACUUCGAGGGCUGCACUUUAUGCAUGGCAAACUAUUUCAACUUUGACGAUUUCAAACCUGACACUCCCAUAUCCAAGUGGCGAGACCUGCCGAAAAAGCUAGCCUCCAAGCGUUUUCUCGGGCGAGCUCCUGAGGGCGAGCAAGACGACGCAGGAUCAUACGGCCAGGAGGAGAAUGAAUCCGGCACGCGGCGAUCCUUACUUGGCCAACUGUUUCUGAACUUCGCAACCGGAAAACCGUAUCGAAUGUGACAAAAGUAGUGUCUUUCUAUUCCCGCUCUUUGCUAGUAUCCACACCUUGUUGUCCGCUCGUUUUUUGCAUAUUGGACGGUAAUAAAUCUACUUCGUGCAGCAAGAAUAUAAUGGUCAAUGUGCUAUUAAUGUGCAUGAUGAAGACGUGCGUCGUAUUAAAAAUAGUCUCGUUAUUCAUCACGAUCGUACUCCUGUGCCUUUUCUCCUUGAGCGGAGUAAGAAAAGAAAGUGAGCAGGGCAACUGCAAGAAUGAGCAUUUUGUCACCCAGGAUAUGCGAGAAAAUUCCACGAGCACGACGUCGACGUCCACUUCUUCGCAUGCGACGGAUCGCCAUCGGGGACCACAGAAGGGCAGGAAGCAGCACCAGCGCCAACAGCAGAGCUCGACUAGUGCCACCACGUGCACUAGUUCCUCUGACCGCGGCGAUACGGGCAGCAGCAGCAAGACCACGCUGGUGUCCGUGUCCAACUCUACGCCUCCUUCGACCGAGCGAAGCCCGCGGAGUAGCGGAACGACGGCGAGUCUCAAGUUAUCUUUCGUGUGCAUAACUGGUGAUGUCGUUGCAGUCAUCUCUUGCUCAUCAAUGUAGACAAAAUAAACAGCUGUUGAAGAAGUAGAUUUUUUGCACUGGAUCCUUGGCGGACAGAAAAAACCUACAACUUGUUGGAUUUCUAUAAGACCACACCAGCGCGGUGUAUAAAUGAAAAAAGAGAAAAUAAAGGUUUCUCAUAUAUCUUUCUCACGUAUAACCUCUUUGUCAUACGGCAAUUUCGACCGAGGUGUCCUUCCGACAUCACCAUGCUUUUUGCACCCCAUAACAACACCCGCUCGACAGCGGCAAUGAUAUGUGGAGCCUCCUGUCCCCACGCCCUUGCACUUCCUCCCGCUCGCUCUCCAAGCACGGCGAGGAUGAGGUUCUUUUUUGGCAUGGUGACCCGCUGCACGUCAAUUCUUCCGACUCGACGGGGCCGCGUGGCGGUGUUAUCUGGUCGCGGGCGCUAUACGGGGUGGCCAAAACGCUCCUCGUCGCCGCUUUGCUCCUGGGUGGGUGCCUCUUGGUCUGGAAAGUCGCGAACAAAUGGGCUCAGGUUCGAUUUGGAUCAACUAUUUGGGUUUCCUAUGAAUGUAGAUUUACCCAUAUUACCCUUACCCGCCGAAUGUUUUGCUUGUAGGUUACUUUAAAGACUUACAAACAAUCCUUUUGGGACUAUGGUGGAGACGGAAGUGAAUAUCCGCUAAAACGACAACUAAGCACAUUGUUGGUCAUUCGUUCCUUUUCCCGCCCUCGUCCUCGUUUCAAAUCAAUGUAUCGAAUACAACAAAGUUGAAGAAAUAAAACCAUAUUACAGACCUCCCCCUCGUCGUCCGGGCAGCAGCAGCACAAGAGCGUGACGACGACCGAACAUCCUUUUUUCCCCUUCGCGUCUUCGAAUUGGUUUCCCCCGUCCUGGUCUCGGACGAGCGAAAUGAAGGGCGAAGAAAAAGACCAGGACAAACUCGACCUCCAUCGCGCCGAAGACCAAGAGCUGCACCUCGAGGACGACGACGAUCAGAUGAACCAGCAGGACAAGAAUUAUGCGAAGAAACAAAAUGACGACUUCCUGGCACCAUCUGACGAGGAGGAGACGAUCAAAUUUCCGCCCGGGGCGCCGGUGGUGCCGCCGAAUGAUGUACUAGUGCGGGAAAAAAGUACUAGUGCUGGAAAAAAUGCGGAUGACAAUGAACACGACCAGGUCGAUCAAGACAAGCAAACUCAAAUUCCAAACGAGGAAGGGAGCGCUGUUGACACCAGAGAAGGUGUUGACUACGCUCCUCCGCCCCGCAAGAAGGACGAGAACAUGGACGAGGACCAACAGCGUGGUCCUCGUGAGCAUGUUGCUCCACUGUGGCCGUUUCCGGCGGAACAGGAGCUGGGGCCGGCGGUUUCGGAUUUUGUGCGUUUCGGAGAGCGGCAAGAGGACGGCUCGGUCCCCGACCGGUUUGCAGAUAGAGGGGCCCCUGCUGCGCUAGUUCCUUCGGGAGACGGCGCGGAACAAGAUGAAACACCCCCGCAACAACAAACCGAACGUCCGCGCGGUGAAGACGAGGCGACAAGAACCGCAACACAGCCAGAAGAGCGGCAAUUUCCGGCGCCUCCCGCGGAUCGCGGUGAUCAGGCUGGUUGGCCUGCGCCUCCGGCAACAGAGUUGUCCUGGUUGAAGGACGACGAGGCCGCCCAGGGCGGCGCGGCUUCGAAAAAUCCGCACGAAAGGGCUGGUGGAGGUCGAGUGUUUUCUCCUUCUGCUUUAUCUUCGGAACAAGAAGGCGAGGAGCAGCGCUCCCCGGCUGGGUCUCGUGCUGGUCUGCCGCCGGACUGGUGGACGGGUUCGGGCGUUGCGAAAACCGUAUCUGGCACUGCGCCGCCGUCGUGGUGGAAUGAUGCGUCGCCCCCGCCGUGGUUCAGUGCGAAUGGUCGUGUUCUUACACCCCCGGCGCCGGCGGGUGGUGCAGCAGCAGCUCCGUGGUGGAACAACGACGCGGCUGCACCGCCGCCGUGGUGGAACGAUGCGUCGCCUCCGCCCGGCUGGAACGCGGAAAGUGGUGCGCCGCCGCCCCCGUGGUGGAACAAAGGUCCUCCGUCGCCCGAAGAAUUCCGGCAGUGGCGAGAAGAAUCUGCUUCUCGUUCAUCUUCUGCCACGAUGAAAGAAGCGCCGUCGCUGGUGUUUCCGGACGAGGGGGAAAAUUCGCAGCCCGGAGGUCGCGAUGUGUCGGAUCUGACGCGAGACGAGCAUGAUCCCGCUGGCGGAGAUCAUCACGAUGACGGUGCAGAAGCAGCAGGACAACUAGCGCCGUCGUGGACGAACAACGAACCGGCGGAGCAAGAUGAAACUAAAUUGGGGUCGCAAGAUGUUGUUGAGCCUCCUCGUGAAGAUGUUGUGCCUAGCAAAGCUGGUGGCCUUCCAGACCAGGAGGCGGUGGAAGGACCCCAGGUGGAGGAGCUGCAACAACCCGUGCGGCCGUGGCGGCCGGAGGACAUUGAAAGCGACGAGGCACGGCAAACGCAAGAUGGAGGCGGAGAAGAACUCGGCGAAGCCCUGCGGCCCCCGCCGGCGGACGAGGCGGGAGCAGCUGCUCAGGAGGACGAGGCUGGGGACGAGCAGCGAGAGCCGGGGCAUCUCCAGCCACCGGUUCUUGAGGAGAACCUUAGCAAGCCGCCCACUGAUGGUAGUGCCCCGGGUGACAGUGACGAAGGUCCUGCCCCUUCGGGGGCUCCGCCGGCAGAACAAGAAGACGGGAUGAACACGGGGAGUGGAGGGCAAGAAGGUAUCGCAAGAAAAAAUCGUUUACAGUUACACAUUGUGUUGCAGGCCAAGCAAGACGGACAAGUUCUGUCAUGCCGGAUAUGCAUAGGAGCCUCGUUUCAUAGGUGUUUCCCCGUAGGAUUUCUGCAGUGCAAGUUUUCUCUCUCAUGCAGAGAAAUUUGUGUUGCUGAAUUUACUACAAGUGUGUAACUGUAACACUUUUUUCGUGGGAUAGAAGGAGGCGAUGCGCUAGUACAACCGCCGGAGCAACCUUUCUUGGGCGAGGGAGAGCCACCCCCUUCCACAACGGAAGCGGAACAACAGCAAGAUGGGGGCAAAGGCGGCGAUGGCCCCGCAGUUCCCGAGCUUCCAGAGGGAGCCUGGCCACGGGAUUGAGAGCAGUUCUUCGCGAACCAAAAGCAAGUGGUUCAUGAUUGGGGCAGACUUACCGUCGCCGUACCAGCAAAGCACUUGCUGGGAAGAGUUUCAUCUCUUGGAGGAAGCUGGUUCUUGCGUAUGAGACUGAUUCCUGUUUCCUCCCCGACGUUUCUCAUUUUGUCCGCGGUUUUUUAAACGGUUUUUAAUACGUUCUCACCUGUUGAAGUUUGAUCAUUUUUCGAGCCCGCACAGUCUUGCUUCGCAACAAAUUAAGGUCCCAACUUGUUUUCAACGCAGAUUUUUCCGCCAAAUUUUUGUUCGUAUUUGACUUUCACUUUGUGACGCAAUCACAGACAACUCUUUUCUCGUCUGAAAUUUAUUAUAGAGAGCAGGUUUUAGGUACUUCUCUUUCCCCAUAAUUUACGAUGUCCUGUUAAUUUUUUUUUUUAUUUGUCAGCUUUCCGUUCUCCAGCCCCAGCUGAAAAAAAAUGAAGUUUUGGCAUUCUUCUUGCUGUCGUUACUCAAAAUGGUAUCAAUUUCGCAGAACUAGAACUAGAACAGAUACACCAGUAAAAAGUACUCACUAUGUUGGAGUGCAGAAGUUGGAGUAAGCCCAAGCAGCUCCAGUUUCUUUUUUCGCUUUACCGUUUAUGACCACCCCGAGCGGAUUGUCGCUACGUGUCUGAACUUGCAAG